AUGCAAAGCAACACCGCUUCGGCAGUGCGCUCUUCAAGACGGACACGAAUAAACGAUCGCGCAACCAUUUACAGUAAUAACAUUCCCAAUGGCAAAAGGAAUGUCUGCUUUAAAGAUUACGUUAAUCAUUUCAGCAGUGAUAGUGAUAGCGGCUUGCGUUGGGAAUCCAUCCGGCGGAGAGGAUUUAAGUCUGUCGGAGACAAGAAGAAGAAGACAUCGGCAAUACGCAAUCUACGGCCAAGGUGGUUACGGUGCUCAAAUUCAACAAGGAUACGGCCAAAAUCAGCAUGGAUACGGUCACAUUCAGCCUCAUUAUGUUCCAAUUCAACAUGCGUACAGUCAACACAAUGGAUACGGACAACCUAACGGAUACGUACAAGUUGCUGGGUACGCUCGAGGAUAUGGCCAAACAAAUGGCUACACUCUAGCACAUAGAUACGGUCAACUUAACGGAUACACGGGACGCAACAAUGGAUAUGGAGGCAAUGGCAGAGAAUAUUUUCACAUUGGAUUUCGCCCCACUAUACAGAGAUACGGCUAUGAAAGUGAAGACGGAUAUCAAAAUGCCUAUGGCAACCCAACGGGUUACGAAUCUGACGAAAAGCACAGCUACGAGACAAAAAGCGAAAAUUCAAAUGUGUACGAAGAAAACCUGAAAGGAUAUGACUCGGCAGAACAUCACCAGCCAAAACGCGAAAAAUCUGAAGAUGAUAGUUAUACGAAAGGACACGGCGACGAGAAUGAAUACGAAACGAAAAGCGUAGAAAAAACGAAGGCAAACAAAGGCUACAAAAAUGCGAAAUCGCAAAAAUAUACCGACAAGAAAAAGGAAAAGAAAUACAACAGCUAUGUCAACGAUCUUUGAUCCAAAGAGUACGAUAACCGAGGUGCCGACCGUAACGGAUAUGACCGCUUUGACUUGGAAAACAUGGGGGAAACCGGAGAUUAUAUUUAACUCAUAAACACUAUAACCUUCAUUUAUAGUAUUUGAUGAGAUAAUUUAAAAUAAAAUGAUGCAUUUGAA